UGUGCGUUGGUAGCGUGAUCCGCUCGAGGAGACCAUGGCGAUACCCAGGACGUUCUGACGGGCUAUCAGAAAAAUAGCCCUCGAAAAACGGAUCAACGCCCCAUAUAAACGACACUAGACUUGGACACUGUAAGACAUAAAAAUGGGGUCCCGUAUCAAGGACAACCCAGAGGCCACUUUCGAGGUGUACCUGGAGGUGACCCAUCCUGGAACCACUGGCUCUGAUCCGGAGGUGCGGAGGCGAUUCCCUGAGGACUACAUCGACCAGGAAACUCUUCAGACAGUCCCCAAGUUCUGCUUCCCCUUCAGUGUGGACAGUCUGUCGGUGAGCCAAGUGGGCCAGAACUUCACCUUUGUUCUGACGGACAUCGAGAGCAAGCAGCGCUUUGGCUUCUGCCGCCUCUCCUCGGGGGCCCACAGCUGCUACUGCAUCCUCAGCUAUCUGCCCUGGUUUGAGGUAUUCUACAAGCUGCUCAAUAUCCUCGCUGACUACACAAUCAAAGGCCAGGAGAGUCAGUGGCGAGAGCUCCUGGAGUCACUCCAUACACUCCCCAUCCCUGAUCCUGGAGUGCCAGUCCAUCUUAGCGUGCAUUCCUACUUUACUGUGCCUGACACAAGGGAAUUACCCAGCAUACCUGAAAACAGAAACCUAACAGAGUAUUUUGUAGCCGUAGAUGUCAAUAACAUGCUCCAUCUGUACGCUAGUAUGCUUUAUGAGCGUCGAAUCCUCAUCUGCUGUAGCAAACUAAGCACCUUAACGGCUUGUGUUCACGGGUCGGCGGCCAUGAUGUACCCAAUGUAUUGGCAACACGUUUACAUUCCUGUCCUGCCUCAGCACCUCAUAGACUACUGCUGUGCGCCCAUGCCCUACCUCAUUGGAGUACAUUCCAGCCUAAUGGAGAAGGUGAGGGGGAUGGCCCUGGAUGACGUAGUAGUCCUCAACGUAGACACCAACACCCUAGAAACACCCUUUGAUGACCUCCAAAGCCUGCCCAACGACGUGGUGUCAUCCUUAAAGAAUCGCCUGAAGAAGGUUUCCACGACGACGGGAGAUGGCGUGGCCCGAGCUUUCCUCAAGACACAGGCCGCUCUCUUCGGCUGCUACAGGAACGCGCUGCAGAUCCAACCGGGAGAGCCAAUAACGUUCAGUGAGGAGGUCUUUGUGACCCACCGCUCCAGUGCCAUGAGACAGUUCCUACAGAACGCCAUCCAGCUGCAGCUCUUCAAACAGUUCAUCGAUGGCCGCUUGGACCUGCUGAACGCUGGUCAGGGCUUCAGUGAUGUUUUCGAGGAUGAGAUCAACAUGGGAGAGUAUGCAGGCAGCGACAAAAACUACCACCAGUGGCUAUUCACAGUAAAGAAAGGGGGCGGUGCUAUCUUUAACACAGUGAGGACCAAGGCUAACCCGGCCAUGAAAACUGUCUAUAAGUUUGCUAAAGAUCAUGCCAGGAUGGGGAUAAAGGAAGUCAAGAGCCGACUAAAGCAAAAGGAGCUGGCAGAGAAUGGCUACUCCUCGACAGUGGGCACUGGUGGCACAGGAACGGGCACCGGGGAGGAGGGCACCACUGCCGGGUCGCCCACCUCCACAGACGGAAAGGACGGCAGCGCCCGCACCUGGGAUGAACGGCGUCCUAUCACUGUGCACUUUGGACAGGCCCGUCCACCUAGGCCUCAGGUGGCCAAGAGACCUCGCAGCAACGUGGGCCUGGAGAGUAGCCCUGAACAUGGUGGCCGUCCCACACGUCACUACACAGUCUUUCUGUCCGAAGACUCAUCAGGCGACGAGCUGCAGCACGAAGACCAAUCCAUUGCCAGCUUCCCCGAGAACUUUCUCUUCUCUGCCCCCUUCGAAUGGUCACCCCUGCCGCCUCCUUACCGCUCCCUGAAAGAGGCGGAGGAGGGGGAGGAGCCCAUCAGCGGCCCCUCCUACACAGCCCCGCCCAGCCCAGUGAUGGAGAAGUUUGCUGAUAUCAACCUGCUGGGGAACAUGUUCAGCUGCUUGGACGAGCCUGAGGGACAGCAACUCAGCCUGGCCAAGAGCCUGGAGGACCUCCGCACACCCAAAGACCCCCAGGAGCAGCAGAAAUUAAUCUACCAGCGGAUGGACCUGAGUGGCACCCUUCCAGGCCUCAAGCACUCCAACCCCUACAACAAGAUGUGGAGCAUGCAUGGGCAGGAUGAUAUGGCCAUGUCUGGCCGGGUGUCUCCGAAUUGGGACCGACCCCUGUCCGUGCCCCCCCCUGACCUGGAAGAGCUGCGGCCCCCUAGCCGAGAGAGCUUCGGUCCCGGGGUCCUCGAGCGGCCUGAUCUCUUCACCACCCCCAGCCAAGGGGAGUGCAUCACCAUCCCCCGCCCCCAGGGGAGGAAAACCCCAGAGCCAGGUAAGGUCUUGGGUCCGCCACCAGUGCCCCAGCCCCGGACCAAGCCGGGGGUAGUGGGGGAUGGUGGGACCACUACAGCAGGGGGGCAGGAGUUCCGGCAGGCCCUUGGGAUGGGGGGUGACCUGAUGCUGCAGCCCACCAAGAUGGACUUCAAUGAGGGGGAGGAUGUGGACCUGCUCAGCCUCCUGGACCCCCUGAACAACCCGGCCCAGACCACCACCACCCCAGCCUUGGCAGGGGAAGGAGCAGACUCACGGUCCUGUGCUGAACCUCCAACCUCCAGGCCUGUUCUGCCGCCACGUCCCUACCCUCAGAGCCUGCCCCCCUUCCACCAACACAUGCCCCUGAACCCCUUCACCCCGCCCCUCGGCUACUCCACCCACAGACACUACUCGCCCACCGUAGCGGGGAAUCCCUUUGGCGGCCGUGCCUACGGGCCUCCCGCCUCCACCUAUUUCCACGCCUCCCCCCAUGGUCACCCUCCUCACCCUCUUUCUACAAUGCUGGGGCUCUACAGACUGUCCUCCCCCGUGGGGUCUACCCUCCCUCCUGGUAUGGGAUCCAUGCGGUCUGCCUUCCCCAAUCAUGGCGGUCCUCCCCCUACCUCCUCAGGCAGCCACCAUGCUCUCUCUAACCUGUUGGACUCCCCCUCGGUCCCCACCCCUAGCCUCGCCACUAGGGUACUGCCAAAGCCUCCCAACACUGCAGAGGACUCCAACGAGACUCAGGAUCCCUUUGGGGACCUACUGGCCAUGGCUACGCCGGCCGCUGCACCACCUAAAAAGAAGGUGGAGGGCCUUCGGGGGAAAUGGGAGACUUUUGACUAACCCCCCUUUCCUUACUUUCCACGUGUGGGCGUUGUCUUAUUCACCUCUUCCCUGCACCAGCUUAUGCUGCUGACCAAUGAGUAACAGAGUCUGUGUGUCAGGCGACCAAUCAAGAGGCUGGGUUCCAAGCUGUCCCCUCUCCCCCGUCUCCCCCUCUAAAUGUCGGGGUUCACACCUCACUCUUUCUCACUCCCCCUCCUCUCUCCGUCUCUCUCUAUGUCUCUGUUUCUCUCACUCUCCGUCUCUCUUUGUCUCUGUUUCUCUCUCUCUCCCUCGCUCUCCGUCUCUCUCUGUCUCUCUCUGUCUCUCUCUCUCCUCUCUCUCUCCUUCUCUGUCUCUCUCCCUCUCCUCUCUCCCUCUCUAUGUUUCUCUCUCUCUCCGUCUCUCUCUCUCCUCUCUCCGUCUCUCUCUGUCUCUGUUUCUCUGUCUCUCCCUCUGUCUCUCUCUGUCUCUCCCUCUCUCUGUCUCUCUCUCGGUCUCUGUUUCUAUCUCUCUCUUUCUCUCUCUCCGUCUCUCUCUGUCUCUCCCUCUCCCUCUCUCUUUCUCUCUCUCGCUCUCUCUUUCUCUCUCUCGGUCUCUGUUUCUCUCUCUCUCUCUCUCUCUCUCUCUCUCUCUCUCUCUCUCUCUCUCUCUCUCUCUCUCUCUCUCUCUCUCUCUCUCUCUAUCUCUCCAUCUCUCUCUGUCUCUCCCUCUCUCUCUGUCUCCCUCUCUCUGUCUGUCUCUCUCUCUGUCUCUCUCUCCCUCUCUCUGUUUCUCUCUCUCCCCCUCCUCUCUCUCUCUCCUCUAUCUCUCCUCUCUCUCUCUCCUCUCUAUAUGUCUCUCUCUCCCCUCUCUCUCCUCUCUCCUCUCUCUUGUCCUUCAGUCUGGAAUGGGACUCUCAACCCGGCCUUGCUUCUUUCAGUACGCUGUAUAUGCCAACCAUGCACAGCCCAUGCUAGCACGCUCUUGCACAGUAUCCCUUGGUGUUAGCUGUGUGUGUUCAAUGCCUUCACUUAGACGUUAGCUUAACUCAAACUGGAAGGCGUGUGGCCUCUAAAACACAUCUUGACUCUAUCCUGGGACCCGGCACCAAAAGGCCAUCAUGUCUCAGAAACUGUCAGAGCCGUGUCUGUUGCUACGAUGGUAAUGCUAAUCAUUAGAGUAGCUAGUAGUUUGUGGAUUUCCCAGCUUAGCGGUGUUCUAGUCCGAUCUGUGGCACAUCACUAACAUGCAGUCCGUCCACCCUCAAUGUGUUCAGCGGCGUCAUGUUUGUAGAGGAAACUCUCGAAUGAUACAUGAUUUUGUUUGCCUGGACUAACUAAUGGACCGUUGUCAUUGACUGAAGCAAAUCCACCAGAACAUUUUGACUGAACGGGGUUGUUUGUGGACCUUGGUUUACGUUAUGCCGGUUACAGCAAUCUUUCAGGUGAAACUUUUGCUAAUUCAUUUGUCAAACUUUAAGAUGCCAUGAUUGUAAAUUCCUAUGUAGUAGGAGAGGACUAUAGAACAACCAUGUUGCACCAAUCAUGUUUGCUAUUUAAACUCAUCCCAUGUAUUCCCUAACCCUUUGUUGAUUUUGGCCUUAUUCUGAGUGUUAUCAUGUUUUCUGUGGCUGCGGACAGUGAUCAUCUACUACUGAGUCACUGGCUGCUUGCUCAGUGUGCUGCUACUAUGUGUGCAAGAGUGUAAAGUAUGUACUGACAAAAUGGCUACCGUUGUCAGUUGCGAUUGCAACGGAUUGCCAGUGCGCUUCCGUUUGGAUCCGAAAUGACUCAAAUCAGGACCUAGACCAAGAACUAAGACGACACUAGUCUGUGACACUAUAGGACGUUUGUCCCGACAACUGCUACAAAUAAACCCCCACCGCCUUGUGGGUAAUCACAUUCAUGGAGUCAUUGGGCCUAACAUUUGGGAGAACUCCUACAUGCUAAUGCUAAAGCCUAACAGUGUGGUGGAAGAUACAGUAAGGCUGUGGAGCAAAAUCAUGUCAAAUGAUGUCUGUGGAAAAUUUAAUUGGAACACAUCUUGGUCCUUGCUUUGUAUGUAGAGGGAACAAAAUAGAAUGUACAGUGUAUGAUUGAUUAAAGAGAUAUCAAGUA